AUGUGGCGUCGCAUCUUCUUUCACGUGACAUGUAUCAAGCCACAGUUGCCCGGUCGGACAAUGCUCUCCCGACAUCAGUUCCGACCAUUUCCUCCCAACACGGGAUCCCGUCCUUUUGAAAAGAGCUUGUGUGGAGCCUCCGAACCGGUGGACCUAGCUCCAAAGUAUCCCUACAUCAGAAGGUGCAUCUAA